UCUAUGGUCACUCUUAGCUGAGCCGGAAAUUUGGCGGGAAAAUAUUUCGAAGCACAUUGCGAAGGUAAAUACGAGCUUAUAGCGGAGGUUGCCUGAGGAUCUGUCAAUGGAAUCUGAUGAAAAGAAAGACGUUCGCACAAAAGAGGAUGUCCAGCAGAUUUUGGAGCUAGCAACAAUUAAAGAGUCCGAUUUAAAUUCUACGACGCAAUGCCUGUAUCCUAUGCAAGAUCACAAGGCUGAUGAUUUAAUGUUAUUGGAGGUGGACAAACAUAUCUGGGAAGCGUUAAACGAAGGGGACACAGUAUCAUUCCGUGGCAACAAACAUGAUGAUGGUAUAUUGUGCACAAACACUCGGACCUAUGAAAUUAAAGAGGCAGAGAUAUCCAAUUCAUGGUUAUUGGUACCAAAUUUAAAGCUGAGCAAGGCAACAAAUGAAGCUGAAAUAACUGAGAGAACUGUAGAGAGACGAAACAUAAAGAAGAUAUUUACCUCCUACUAUGAGGUGAAAGAAACUAAACCUAAUCUAGCAAAAUUGUCUAUUCUCCUUAACUCAUCAUCUUUUAAUGGAUUGGAAUAUGAAUCUAUAAUAGACCCAAAGACAUUAUAUAGUUGGGAGAGAUUACAAAGUGAAUUACAAGCUAGUGAUUAUGAAUUGAGACAGGCAUUAGCAGAUUUUUUAAUAGCUGAAAUAGAUGGUCAUUUGCGUCUCAUAUCAUUCGAUACAGAAGCAAGAAGUCUGAAUUUUAUGUUGGACUAUUUUGGAGAACAGACUUGGGAAAUAGAUGAAGUAGAUAAAGAGAAUACAUUUGAAUGUCUAAAGGAGCUUAUUCAUGAACCAGUAUUUAAUGCUAUAUUCGACAGAUAUGCAGAAAUAAGCACAAAGACAAAAGAUGACAAUAGUCCAUUGUACAAGUAUGACGAAAGAAAAUGCUGUGCAAUGAUAGCAAAAAUUCUUCUUGCUGCUUCUCCUGUCACAGAGUACAAAGAAUUUAUGGAAACAUGGAACAUUGGUACUCCUGAAAAGAUGAAUCCAAAAGAGGAGUAUUUGUGUGGAUCUGCUCUUGUAACAUACAAUGCUUCAAAAAUGCAAAGAGAGAUUGUAUCUUGCCCAGAGGCGGAUUUACCCAACAACAUUCAUGAUAGACUUAAUGAACUUUUCCAAAUUAAGGCUAAAUGGACUGUUGAAGAGAUAACACCUUAUAUCAUCCGUUUUACAAAAGGUACAAUGAAUGUUAAUGCUCUUUUAACAAAAUACGCUAGAUGUUCUACAAAAAAUGGAUUAAAGUAUUAUGGGUCAAAACAUGGCAAAUAAGAUAUUGCAAUAAUUUGUGGCAUGCAUUAAAUUGCCAUGCAAUAAAUAUUGAUUGAUGCAGUAACAUUAAUUAACACAUGAUAUUAAUUAAUUAUAUUAAUGCUAGGGCAAUUUUUCUGAGUUUUCUGUAGUGUUAAAAUCAUACGCGCAGUUUAUUUUGCUUGUGAUCAUGUGUAAUACAUAUAGUUACAUUUACACAAUUUAUAAAUAUUUUUAAGAUGAAAUGAGA